AUGGGCAACGCUAUAGGCAACGCAUCAACCGAUAUCGGAAGUUUUAUUGGCAAUGUAUUAACUGCACCUUUCAAAGCCACACUUGGAAGAUCCUGUCUAAAUGUAUGCUCGGGACCAUGGGAUCUUUCAUGUUUCAUAGAACAUUUCUGCCUUCCUGAUAUUGCGAAGCUGGUCAUGAUCUCAGCCCUCUGUUUCAUAAUUUUGAUGUUCAUCACCCUCUUGUUCAAGCUUGGGAUCUGCCAAUGUGUUGUUAAAAGCAUAUGCAAAAUGUCUUGUGCCGCUUGUGCAAUGUACUGGUGCGCCAUUGGAGAGAUGAUUCGUUGCUUGUGGUACAAUUUGAGGAACACUAAACGUGUCUACCGCAGAAAACGUCUCCGUGACAUAGAAGCCGCGAGUUACUAUUACCCAAGCGACGACGAACCAAGUUCAACGAACAGUCUCAGCCCCACACACAACAUUAGACCAAAGCAGAGGAGAAGAAGAAGAAGACAAGGAAGCAAACACAACCACAAUCGUGGCAGCAACCGCCGCCUCACAAGGCUACGGAGUAGACAAUUGUCUGUACGAGUAGGAGGCAAAUCAAGAAGAGUACGAAGUGCUAGAAAAAUGAAAUCUAGUAAAGUGAGAGUUAAGAAACUCCUUAAAGUCAAAGAUGUAGUUGAUUAAA